GAUCAUCCAUUCUCAUUCAUCUGCUUUGUGUUGCUAGGGUUCUUCAGAAGGAGUUAUCCAACUCACAGAAGAAGAAAAUGAGGAGGAAUCUUGCGCUAGAUUCCACCAACACGUGGUAUCAGAGCCCCGUUGCCUUUGAAAAAGGUCCACUGAUCUCCUGCAGUCUCCAAAAUGGCGGAUGGGUUUUCACAAAAUUGUCCUCCGAGAUUUGAAGGAGUAAACUACGUGUAUUGGAAGAAUCCAAUGGAGCUAUUUGUUGGAUCUACUAACCCGAAGCUUUUGGAUAGGGUAAUCAAGGGUCCACACGAGCUUAAAGCAAAUCAAGAGAAGUGGUCCGAUGAAGAUUUUGAGAAGUUUCAGCGGAAUUGCAAAGCAACCAUCCUAAUGUACAGUAGCGUGCUUGGUCCAGAAGAAUACCACAAAGUGGCUGGAUGCAAGACUGCCAAAGAAUUCUGGGACAAGAUGCAAGUGACCUAUGAAGGUACAUCACAGGUUAAGACGUCACAUAUAAAUUCCUUAAAGCACCAGUUUGAGCUAUUCAAAAUGGAAGAAGGUGAAACGAUCAGACAAAUGUAUGAGAGGUUUACAAAUAUUGUAAACAGUCUGGAGAAUUUGGGAAAAUCUUAUGAGAGUGGAGAUCUUGUAAGGAAUAUCCUUUGGAGCUUACCUGAGAAGUGGACUCCUAAGGUCACUGCCAUCAAAGACGCGAAAGAUCUUGAGAAGUUGGCAAUUUAUGAGCUAAUUGGCUCUCUAACCACACAUGAAAACAAACUGAACAAGACUGGCCAGGGGAAGAAAAGUGUGGAGAAGGGAAAAAGUGGGGUUGCUUUGAAGGUUACCAAUUCACCAGAAGAUUUAGAAUAGCUCGACGAAAUAGAGGAUGAAGAGUUGGCACUCUUAAGCAAAAAAAUAAGUCGUUUACUUAGAAAUAAAAAAAGAAAAGCAUCUUGGAGGUCCUGUAAAUAAAUCCAAGGAUUAUGAGAGAAAUGACGGAGGUAUAUGACGGAGGUGCUAAGGGUUCCCAGCUAAGACACGGUCUAGAGGUGGUAGCAAAUUCACCCAGAACUCAAAAAGGUGUUAAUGCCUCAGGAUGUUUCAAAUGUGGAAGAAUAGGGCACAUCAAAGCUGAAUGUUCACAGUUGAAGAAGGAACAAGCUCUUAUAGUCACUUGGAGUUGUAGUGAAGAUGAAGGAGAGGAAGAUGAUGAAGUUGCAAUUCAAAGAUCGUAUAUGGCCAUCGCUGAAGUAGAGGAAGAAGUCACACCUUCAAUCAUGAACUCAAACCAUGUAAGUAUCUCUGAAAACUCACUUGAAUCAGAAUACUAUAGUAACGAUGAUAUAUUCGUAGACACCAUAAGAGACAUUCAGACUGAGUUUGGUAAUGUUAAAACCAAAUAUCACAAACUAAAAAGGGAUAGUGAUGAAUAUAAAAAGGAUAGCAAAUU